GUUUUUAGUCAACUGACUAUUCAGAAGGGAUUUAAAGAGCCAAGAUUCAUUUGGGAUUUAACUGGUGAAAAUACAAUCCAAUUUCUUGAUGAGAAAAACCACGAAGUUAAAGAACUAACAGGUUUUUUAGGCUUAUUUAUGUACCUGAGAGAAGACAGCACCAAAUCCAUCAUCAACAGCAGGAGACUGCUGUAAUGGUGAAAACUAUAAGCCAUGUAUAACCUGUGGGUGGCAUGGUUAGGAGUACUGCUGCCCUUGAUCAAGUUCAUUCAUUCAGUCCUCAAACCAGCACUGCCUCCAGUGAUCAAGAACCAACCUUUCAGUAUUUUCUGGGCCGCCCCAACAAUGCAGUGUCAACAUUUCUUCAAUGUGGAUCUGACUCUCCAGUUAUUUAAUAUUAUAUCAAAUCCUUUAGAGACUCAGAGGGGAUCAACAAUUGUCAUAUUUUAUCCAAAUGAAUUAGGGUAUUAUCCUUAUUUCUCUCAAGAUGGAAAACCCUUUAAUGGAGGGAUUCCACAGAAUAUGAGUCUUUCUAAACACCUCAAGAAGACAGCUGAUGACAUCGCAAACGUUAUCUCUUGGUGGAGAUCAGAAGGUCUUGUUGUCAUUGACUGGGAAAGCUGGAAACCCCAAUGGGGUAGAAAUUGGGGCAAUAGACUAAUCUAUAGAAACUGCUCCUUAGCCUUCACUAGAAACCGCCAUCCUGAAUGGUCAGAAAUGAAAGUGAAUACAGUUGCCCAACAGGAAUUUGAAAAUGCAGGAAGGAGUUUUAUGCACACCACUCUCUCACUGGCUUUAGAAAUGAGACCAAAGUGUUUAUGGGGCUUUUAUCUCUACCCAGACUGCUACAAUUAUGAUUAUAAAAUAAACCCACAGACGUACACAGGUAAAUGCCCAAAAGAUGAAAUUUUCCACAAUGACCAACUCCAGUGGCUAUGGGAAAAAAGCACAGCACUUUAUACUUCAAUAUAUUUGGAUAAAAUAUUGAAGUCAAGUUUAAAUGCUUUGAAAUUUGUUCAUUAUCGAGUUAGGGAAGCCAUGAGGAUUGCUGAAAUGGCUAGACGUGACUAUAUUUUGCCAGUUUUUAUUUUUUCCAGACCAUUUUAUUUGCAUAGUAUUGAAGCUUUGUCACAGGAAGAUUUAGUACAUACAAUUGGCGAGAGCGCCGCGUUGGGGGCAGCAGGGAUAAUACUGUGGGGAGGAUACGAAUAUUCUGAUUCAAAGGAAACCUGCUUAUCUGUGCAAAAGUCUAUCCAAGGGCCACUGGGCCAUUAUGCUGUCAAUGUGACAUCUGCAGCCAAAUUCUGCAGUCAAAGUCUAUGUAACAAUAAUGGAAGAUGUAUCCGAAAAACACCUGAAUCCUCCUCCUAUCUGCAUAUGCCUGAAAGCAGCACUAAGAAAUACAUCCUAAGUAAGAGUUUCAGAUUCAUCAUUUCUCCAACUAGUAAACUGAAGACAAUAAGGGCCAUGAAGAAUGGAUUUGUGUGUCACUGCUAUUACAGCUGGCACGGAGAAUCUUGCCAGCGACAGUCUUCGGAUCUCUUGAGAGGGAAGAGCGAGGCGCCUAUGACUAACUUUAAUUUAUCAGUUUUUCUCAGCAUGACCUUCUCUAUGAUUCUGUGGAAUUCUGCCACUCCCUAUUUCAAUGUCAAUUUUUCCUUGAAAUACUGAAGAGUAGAAAAUGCUGGGGUUUUUUUCCCCUUUCACUUAAGCUACUUCUAAAAUAUUUAUUGGCUUUAAAGUAAAACGUUUUUCAAAAGUGGUCAUUGGCUCCCCAUUCCUUGCCAGAGUGAUUAUUUUAUAGGGCGCUUCCUUCGUGCUAGGCACUAGGCAUGAGGAAGUGAA